AUGCAGCUGUCAAGCUGGUUCGAGUGCCAGGCAAAUGGAUUCUUUCCGUAUCCAGCGAACGGUGCUUGGGACAAGGUGUUUGCUUAUACCUUCUCACCAGAUCUCAAGGCAACCUUCAACGAUACUCGGUAUAACUACGAUGGCUGGCUUCAGCUCUACCACAAUUUCAACAUCACACUUGGCAAGAACUUUGCGCCCUUCAUGCAUGGCUUCAUCAACACGCUCGCGGUCCCCAAUGCAAAUGGCGACAAGGGUGGAUUGGUGUACUCAAUUGGCUGGGAGGGGGGGACUCAUGCCCUGCUGAAGAAGGAUCUGUAUUUCACAGAUGCGGCGUUCGCUGUAGUCCAGGACGUUGGAGGCCAGCGGAAGGUCGUCGAGUUUCGAGAGAGCAGCAACAUCCCGAACACGACACCCAUUCCAACACCUAAUGAGUGGACGUGCAGCUUUACCUAG